AUGAUUUCCCAACCCAAGGUCAUCAUACUACCCGUUACCCACCAAGUAAUCCAGCGUGUUGAAGCUUGGGCUGCUGCCAAAGGUGUUACUUCCAUGAAGUGCUUUGAUAAGAAGAGAGAUUUGGAGACAUUUCAAGAUGGCAACCAAAUCGCAGGAGUGGAUGACACGGAACAAGGUUACAUAGAAGAAGCCUUUGAUCAGGACUAUGAUCCUGAAGAUGAAGAUGAACGUGAUUUCAAUCUACAUGGACAAUUUGAUGAUAUCAAUGACUCCGAAAGAGAAGAGCUCUUGGCAGAUGCAGACAAUGAUGUCGAUGAUAUGCCAGAACUCAUUGUCAGAUUCCAAGGAGAUGAUGACUAUGAAUCAGACGACGAUUUGGGUGAUGAAGGCGGUGAAGAGGAAGAACCUAUUGUGGCCAAUUUGGAUCACCAUCAAGAAAAUGUCAAUAGAGGAACCGAUGAUAUUGGGAGCCUCAUUACUGAUCUGGAGGACCUACAAGAACCGCCAGAAGAAGAGAUUGUAUUUGAGCCUGAAACGCCUCAAGUAGCAAAAGUCAUUCAAUCUGGGCAAACGUAUGCGCAAGCUGCAAUGUCUGGGCUGAACCUUUCUCAAGUUCCAAAGAAACCAAGAGAAUGGCCUUCGAGCAGGAGUGGCAGUUCUGCCAAUAAGAACAAGAAUCGAGUU